UUUUACUUAAAAUCUAUUCCGAAUAAGUAUGAGCUAGUUUAAAGAGCAAAAUCCAGCUUCGUCUUCUUCGUUUCUAUCUUCACCAUGUCACCAACAGCUAUCCUAAACCCUCGAAUCCCAAACUUCACUCCAUUUCCUCUAUACAAACUUCAAUUCCUCAACUUACCUCCUUCAUUUCCCAAAAACACUUUUCGCUCCCAAAUUCCUCCUCAUUCUCUCAAUUUCUCCCUUCAAAACAACUCGCAGCAACCCCACUUCCCCCUCGAAGACGAAGAACACGUAAUCGGAGACUGCAUAGUGUUUGAAGAAGGAAUUUUCGACGACCCUUUUGUUCAAAAAUCCGACAACAACCAAAAUAAGCCACAAAACAACAAUAAGAAGAAAUCAGCAGAAAUUCAAUCCGAGAAUUUAAUUCCUGAAGAGUGGGUUGAAGUUCAGAGGGAAAUUAACAUUACUAAGAAGGAAAGGCGUAAGCUUUCACAGCAAUUGGAGUUUGGGCAACGUGCAGAGAGGAGGAGGCUAGAGUUAAUGCCAAUUGGUAGUAACAGUAAUGCUAGAGGCAGUAGUAUUGAGGAUUAUUUGAAAGCGAGAGAAGAAAAGUUGAAGCAAUUGAAGCCGCUUGUGCUUGAAAACCCAGAUUUUUUAAAGGUUAAAAGGGAUAAGAAUGAGAAGAAGAAGAAGAAGAGUGAUGCUGAAUUGAGUGAAAGUGAAGAGGAGAAUUCCGUAUUGAGGGUUUCAAGUGAAAGGGUAUUGCCGAGAGAUCCUAGAUCAGCGGUUUAUGGUGGUGGAUUAGAAGAUAUUAAGGAGUUCUUCAACAGUGGGAUUUAUGAGGCCAAUGCGGCUAAAAGCCCUGAAGGUCCUCGUAAGCUGUUCACUACAGAGGAAAAGUUCCUAUUAAACAAGCGGCAUCCUGAUCUGGUGCCUGCUACCUCUGAAAAAUGGCAGCCUCUACAUACUUUAGCUGCCUCAGGAGAGUUUUACCUUCUCACCUCUUUGUUGAAGCAUGUUGUUGAUAUUAAUGUUCCAGAUAAGGAUGGAUUGACAGCUAUCCAUAAAGCAAUUCUUGGCAAGAAGCAGGCUAUUUUUAACUUUCUUUUAAGAGAAUCUGCAAAUCCACUUAUACGUGACAAAGAUGGAGCCACCUUGAUGCACUAUGCUGUUCGAACGGCAUCCACUCACAUGAUAAAAAUCCUUCUCUUGUAUAAUGUUGAUAUAAACCUCCAAGAUCAUGAUGGAUGGACACCUUUGCAUCUAGCUGUUCAAUCCCGUAGAACCGAUAUAGUGAGACUUUUGUUAAUCAAGGGAGCUGACAAGACUCUAAAGAACAGGGAUGGUCUAACCCCACUUGACAUUUGCCUCCAUUCUGGUCGAGAUAUAAGGACGUAUGAGCUUAUCAAAUUGUUGAAACAACUUCCCAAGGUUCCAAUAGUUGGUCUGACCUAAAAAUGCAGCUGCUAAGUACGAAAUUGGCAGAUGGCUAGCAGUUUGGAAGUGCUGCCAGCUUUGAGUUUGGCUCUUUUAUGUCGCACCCCGAGUUAUUUGUACAACACUUGGCCCUUCCGAGAAGCAGAUUCAGAUUUAUGCUUACACUGGUAGGAGAGGAAAUUUCACUUUUUAGUUCUCACAUUGUACUACACUGCACCAUAGUAUGUGUAAAUAGAACUGUAUAUUGUUACUUAGACAUUGGAUUACAGAACAUUUUUGGAUUUCAACUCUCAGUGAUACUUGAAAUGUUAGGAUGAUAUUUAUUUCUUU